UAAAAAAUUUAUUACUGUAAAAUUAUCAAGUUAAAAUCGCUAUAAUAGUCGCAUUUUUGUUUCAAAUAUUAGAGUUUUACGCUUUUUAAAAGUAAGUCAAAUAAUAAUCAUUUUUUUCUUUAAAUACUUUGAUGCUCAGUUCCAGCUUAUUGUUACGGUAAAACAUUAAUUAGUGCUAGUUAACGUCAGCAUAAUGAAAAACAGUGGAGGUUCAAAACGACUACAAUUUGCUGCGGCCAUUGCAGCAAAUAUUUGCACAAUGUCAGGUGGCGCAGUCUUGGUUUGGUCUAGUCCAACUCUGUUGAUACUCAGAGAAGAUCCAGUAAAUGAAGAAAAUCCCCUAGGACGACCUAUCAGCGCAGAAGAAGCAUCUUGGGUUGAAUCACUGGCGUCAAUGGGUGUAUUGGCUGGUUGUUUAUUGCCAGGAUAUCUGGCUGGAAAAUGGGGGAGACGCGCAACUCUGUUAUCCAGCGUUGUACCAUAUCUUAUAGGCUGGUCAUUGGUUGGUGCAGCAAGAAGUAUAGAAGUUCUGUAUGCAGGGAGAUUUAUUUUAGGUCUUGCAAUUUCAGUCGCAUUCGCUGUAAUUUCGAUCUACUGUGGCGAAAUUGCUGACCCAUCAAUCCGAGGGAUACUCGGCGCACUAUUUCAAGUAUCUAUUACUCUUGGUGAACUAUGGGCAUUUUGUAUUGGUCCGUACGUUUCGUAUAUAAGUUUAUGUAUCGCUUGUGCUGCACUGCCGAUCGCAUUUUUUAUUUCCUUCUACAUAAUGCCUGAAUCUCCAUAUUAUUUGGCGGCAAAAAAUCGCAAUGAGGAUGUUGUCAGAGUGCUGGCAAAUCUGCGAGGAAAGAGUGAAGAUGACGUUCAAAUUGAAGCUGAUGAAAUCGAGAUAACGGUACGGGUAAAUUGUCAUCAAAAAGCUACAAUCAUGGACUUGUUUAAGGUCAAGGCAAACUUGAAAGCGCUAUUUAUUUCAUGUGCUUUAGUAUCUUUUCAACAGAUCAGUGGCAUCGCGGUGGUUGUUGGUUACUUAGAAGUCAUAUUUGCAAGUGCUGGAAAAACUGGUAUGAGUUCAGCGCUGGAAGCCAUCAUCGUGGGAGUAGUUCAGUUAUUGAGUUCGUGUAUCAAUCCACUACUUGUCGAACGAUUGGGACGCAGGAUACUUUUGAUCAUCUCUGGUACAGGAUCCGCUCUAAGUCUUGGAGCGCUCGGACUCUUCUUUUAUCUCAAGGAUGCAGCAGAAAGUGAUGUCAGUGGCAUUGGUUGGCUGCCAUUAUCUUCGUUGAUUUUAUACAUCAUUACCUACAGUGUUGGAUUGGGUCCCCUUCCUUGGACAAUUAUAGGGGAAAUUUUUUCCCCAGAAAUUAAGAUUAAAGCGUCAACAAUAACCGUCUUCACUUGUCUAUUUUUCGCAGUUAUGAUGAAUAAAUAUUUUAUUGGUAUUGCGACAGCAUAUGGUCAUUACACCGCAUUUUGGUUUUUUGGAAGUUUUAGUAUGUUGAGUGUUUUUUUCACUGUUUUCAUUUUACCAGAAACAAAAGGAAAAUCACUUCAAGAAAUUCAAAACGAACUUGCAGGAAAAGGCAUUAAAGUCCUGCGCCCUUUAGCGAACAUAUGUGUGAUGGCUGGUGGCGCGAUGGUUGUCUGGUCAAAUCCAAUUCUUCUGAUGCUUGGAGAAGAUCCUGUGAAUAAAGAAAAUCCUCUGGGUCGGUCUAUCAGCGCAGAAGAAGAAUCUUGGAUUGGAUCAUUGAAUGUGAUGGGUUCAAUGAUCGGAAGUCUUUUUCCAGGAUAUUUUGCUGAAAGAAAUAUCGAUAUCGUCAAUUACAGAUUUGGAAGACGUACAAUUUUAUUGGCUAGCGUGAUACCGUCAAUCUUAACUUGGAUGCUGAUAGGCAUCGGAAAAAGUAUACCAGUCCUGUACAUUGCAAGGUUCAUUUCAGGAGUAGCCGUUGCUAUUGGAUUCGCUGUGAUUCCUAUGUACUCGGGUGAAAUUGCAGAGACAUCAAUUCGCGGGAUGCUUGGUUCAUUUUUUCAAGUAUCUGUUACCCUAGGUCAAUUAUGGGCAUACUGUAUCGGUCCGUACGUUUCUUACACAAAUUACUGCAUCGCUUGUGCUGUUUUGCCGAUUGUCUUCUUCGUUCUCUUCUUACCCAUGCCAGAGUCCCCUUACUACCUGGCAGCAAAAGGUCAGACAGAGGAAGUCGUCAAAGUGCUGGCAAGGCUGCGCGGAAAGAGUGAAGAUGCUGUUAGAUGCGAAGCGAGUGAAAUCGAGGCAUAUGUUCAAAAAUCUUAUUAUCAGAAAGCGACGAUCAUGGACUUGUUUAAGGUCAAGGCAAACUUUAAAGCUCUGGUUAUAACAUGCUUACUGGUGUCUUUUCAACAGAUGAGUGGCAUCAUUGUCGUUCUUCUUUACUCAGAACUUAUACUUGCAAGUGCAGGAGACAGCGGCAUCAGCUCAGCACUUGAAACCAUUAUUGUAGGACUGGUCAAGCUGAUCAGUACCUGUGCUAAUCCACUGGUUGUUGACCGACUUGGGCGUAAUAUACUGCUGAUCAUUUCCGGCAUAGGCACAAGCUUAAGUCUCGGAGCACUUGGAAUCUUCUUUUACCUCAAGGAUGCAAUUAGAUGUGAUGUCAGCGGUGUUGGUUGGCUGCCAAUAUCUUCGCUGAUUAUGUAUAUGGCGACCUAUAGCGUUGGAUUAGGUCCUCUUCCUUGGACAAUUAUGGGGGAAAUUUUCGCACCGGAAGUAAAGUCCAGGUCAACAGCAAUAACUGUAUUCCUUAGUUGUUUUUUAGCAUUUGUUAUUAGUAAAUAUUUUAUAAAUAUUGCAACGUCGUUUGGCCAAUACCCUGCCUUUAUGUUCUUCAGUUUUUGUUGCAUUCUAAGUGUCUUGUUUACUGUAUUUGUGAUGCCCGAAACAAAAGGAAAAUCACUGCAAGAAAUUCAAGACGAACUUGGCGGGAAAUCUCGUAAAUAAAUAAUUAUUUUAAAAGUUAUAAACUAAAAUUUAAAUGUCAUUGUUUUCUUUUUUUGACCUUCAACUGUCGUCAUUAAUCAGUAUCAUGUGCAUGGUAACUUUUAUUAUUAGUUGCGAUAAAUUAGACUUGAUAAACUUUUGUUUUAUUUAAGGCCAUUCUCCAAGGGUGCCCCCAAGUUUUUUCCAAAAAAUGUGGCGCUACCUGGUAGCUGGCAGCCGCACUAAAAAGUA